UUGACUGAGUCUACGCAGAAUUUUCAACUGAUAGAAAGACUAGUGAAGCGACUAAAUGCUGCAAUUUUUAUGGACACAAACAAUAGCUAUUUGCUAUAAAAAUCUCAUGCACCAAAUUGAUUAUAUAAUCUAAACAUGGCUUCCUCUUUGCUUCUCUUUCUCCUCUGUCCACUGAUAUUUCAAUCCAACUCUGUAGUAGCUCAAACCAAAAGCACCAUAGCCAUUGGUGAUUCUUAUACUGCAGAAACAAAUAUCUCUCCAUGGUUGCUUUCACCUUCUGGGGACUUUGCCUUUGGUUUUCUUCCACUUAAUAAAACUGAUCUGUUUUUGCUUUCCAUUUGGUAUGCCAAAAUUUCUGAGAAAACUGUUGUGUGGCAUGCUAAUGGAGACAGUCCUGCUCCAAAAGGGUCAAAAGUGGAACUCAAUGCCAAUGAUGGGUUGGUUCUAACUUCUCCAAAUGGUGACAGGUUAUGGAAUACUACUCAGGUACUCAGUGGUAGAGUUUCUCGCGGUGUGUUCAAUGACACUGGCAACUUUGUGCUUCAGGACAGUGAUUUCAACAGUGUGUGGGAAACUUUCGACUUUCCUAGGGACACCUUGUUGCCGUCUCAAGUUCUUGAUAAAGGUGGAAAGCUUCGUUCAAAGCUUAAGGAGACGGACUUCAGGAAGGGAAGGUUUGAGCUCCAUUUACAAAAUGAUGGUGAUCUUGUUAUGUAUUCUAUUAAUUUACCAUCUGAUUAUGCUAAUGAUAACUACUAUGAAAGUCAAACUGUUGGGUCCAAUACAUCAAGUGCUGGAACUCAAUUGGUCCUUGACAGAUCAGGGGACUUGUAUGUCUUAAGAGAGAACAAUGAGAAAUUCAACAUGUCAGGAAGAAAUGGAGAAGAAGAUGUCUCGAUAAAAGUCUCCAGCACUAAUUUUUAUCUUAGAGCAACUCUUAAUUUGGAUGGAGUGUUUUCACUUUUCAAGCAUCCAAAGAAUUCAACUGGUAGUGAAGGUUGGACUACAGUGUGGUCUCAUCCUGAAAAUAUAUGUCGAUAUACUAUAUCUGCUGGUAGUGGCGUUUGUGGAUAUAAUAGCUUCUGCACAUUGGGAGAUGAUAAGAGACCAACAUGUCAGUGUCCCAAAAGUUACUCACUGAUUGAUCCUGAUGAUCCAUAUGGUAGCUGCAAGCCGGACUUCAUACAAGGAUGUGCAGAAGACGCACUAAGUACAAAAAGAAAUGAUCUCUAUUACUUUGAGAAUUUGACUGAAACUGAUUGGCCCCUAUCGGAUGCUGCACUUCUAAAGCCUUUUACAGAGGAACUAUGUAUGAAAGCUUGUAUGGAAGAUUGCUUGUGUUCUGUGGCUAUUUUCAGGUCAGGUGAUAGUUGUUGGAAGAAGAAGUUACCACUCUCAAAUGGGAGAGUUGAUACCACACUCGAUGGUGCCAAGGCCUUCUUGAAAGUGAGGAAAGAUAAAACCUCCUUUGAUUUUUCUCCAAAUCCAAUCGAUGGGAACAAGAAUAAUAAGGAAACUUUGGUUUUGAUUGUUUCUGUUCUUUUUGGUAGCUCUGCUAUUCUCAAUGGUUUAUUGGUUGUAAUGAUAUGUGCCGGCACCUCCAUUUUUCAGUACAAGAAGAAGCCUAGAAGAGUCAGUAAAAGUGAUACUUGCGUUGAAACCAAUUUACGUUGCUUCACUUACGAAGAGCUUGAGGAAGCUACUAAUGGAUUUGACAAAGAGCUAGGAAGGGGAGCUUUUGGUAUUGUUUAUGAAGGAGUCAUCAACAAUAACACAAGUUCUGAAACUCGCGUGGCAGUGAAAAAGUUGAACAACUUUUUGUUGGAUCAGGCUCAUAAGGAAUUUAGAAACGAAGUGAAUGGCAUUGGUCUCACUCAUCACAAGAAUUUGGUUCGUUUACUAGGAUUUUGUGAGGGUGGAUCUGAAAGAUUGUUGGUUUAUGAGUACAUGAGCAAUGGCACUUUGGCAAAUUUUCUUUUCAAUGGUGAUGAUGAGAAACAAAAACCAAGUUGGAAACUAAGACUUGAAAUUGCAAUAGGGGUAGCUAGAGGACUUGUGUAUUUACAUGAAGAGUGCAUUACUAGGAUCAUCCAUUGUGACAUAAAGCCUCAAAACAUACUCCUUGAUGACAACUUCAAUGCAAGAAUUUCAGACUUUGGGUUAGCCAAGCUGUUGAACAUGAAUGAGAGCAAAACCAAUACUGGCAUAAGGGGAACAAAAGGGUAUGUUGCGCUUGAGUGGUUCAAAAACAUGACUAUCACAGCUAAGGUGGAUGUGUAUAGUUAUGGAGUAGUGCUACUUGAGAUAAUUUCAUGUAGAAGAUGCGUUCAAGAAAUGGAACAGGAAGAUGAAGAGAAAGCAAUACUAACUGACUGGGCUUAUGAUUGCCACAAGGAUGGUGUUGUAGAUGCAUUGGUUGAGGGUGACAGUGAGGCAUUGGAUGACAAAGAAAAAUUGGAGAAAUUGGUAAUGAUUGGUCUUUGGUGUGUUCAAGAGGAUCCAUAUCUUAGACCAACCAUGAGAACUGUGGUACAUAUGCUUGAGGGUAUUGUUGAAGUGCAAGUUCCACCAUACCCCUCACAAAUUAGUAUUCAAUAUUCUCUAAAUUAGUAAGUUUGUAAGCAAGAUUGUCAACUUGUUCUAAUUCUUGUUGUGUUGUUUUAAGUGUAUUGUAAUAUUUACAUUUAUGAUUGUGUAUCAAGCUGUGGUUGUAUGUACACCUUCAAGACUAGUUGUGGCAACUUAGAUUUCCAUAUUAAGGUAGGCUGCUAUAUAGAAUAAUAAUAUUUAUGUUUAUUAUAAAAUAAUUGUAAAAAAUAGAUUUUAUUCUAAAAUAUUAGUGUCUUUUUCCUAUUAACCCCCCUGAAUCUA